CUGCUCGUCUCGCUCCUGGUGUUCGUCGGCGUCUAUGUGGCCGUGGAGCUCACGAAGAAUCGCCACUAUAUUCAAACCGAGUCGGAUCUCAAGCUGUUCAAUCCCCUGUUCGAGGCGCAGGCCCCACCCGAGACGUUGUUCCCGUACACCGACGAACAGAAGACGUUCCUCCCUCCGAUGUUAAUUGCGCCGGGCAUCGUGGGGUCUCGUCCGAUCCCGACCAACAAUUGGUGGGGCAAGAUGAUCGCAGCCACGCAGGAGGCUGGAGUGCAGCCGAUCUGGGCCAAUCCGUACUCACUGCAGCCGAUGCUUACGUCGGCACCCUACGGCCUCACAGUCAGCUAUCCCUAUCCGACGCGAGUAUUUGGCGGCGGUCUGUCUGAAAACGGUAUCGCGAAGAAGUUUUAUCGCCAUGGCCACGUCCCGGACUUCACCUUCUCGGCCGUGGAAUUCACCGCUCCACCCGUGUUUGAGGUGUUUGACUGGGACGAUCUGAGCGUCCAAGUGCGCUUCAAGGCUCGCUCUGGCCCCAGUAAUGAGAGCAGCUUUGAAGCGACACUUGCGAGUGGGAUGGCCUUUGUGACGGCAAAGUAUAGCUCGCUCACUCCACGCCUCGACACUGUGUACGCCAUUCUCAAAGUCAAUGGC